AUGGCUCGCGGCAACCAGCGUGAAUUGGCUCGUGCCAAAAAUCUCAAGAAGCAGCAGGAUAAGACCAAGCAUCAGCGCGAGGACAACCUGACCCCUGCCCAGCGCCGAGAACGCGAUGCCAAGGCGCUGCAGGAAAAGGCCGCGCGCAAGGCUGCUCAGAAGGAGGCCGCCGGCAAGUAG